CCCGCCUCUCCUGUUCCCCGACUGCCCAGCUCCCCCGGCCAGCAGGUGCUCCGCUCGCCAUGUUUAUGCUUCGAAACCUGAGCAAGUUUGUCUUUGGCGACGGAUCCAAGGAGUCCAUCGUUGAAAUAUCACAAGGCCAGCUCUAUCUUGUUCGUCCGCGUUCUGUCAAGGGCUACUCGGAACUCAUCUUCAAAGACGCCGCCGCUACCAUCCGUCGCACCGGCCAAGAAUUCCAAUACCAGCUUGUUGUCCAGCGUGCAUACGAGGAAGGAGAAGAGGAUUUGCUAGAGGAAGGUGACGAGGACGGAGGUGUCAAUACUUUGGGCGGCGACAAGGACGAAAAGACAUUUUUGUUGGACGAGGGCUUGCAGUUCCGCACCGACGUUCGCUCCACGGGCGAAAAGAUCUUUGCCUGGCGCGAUCUCAGCGGUGACGUUACAGACCUCUGGGAAUUUGUCUGUGACUCUUCCGUCAAGCCAGAGACCGCUGCCCUCUUCGAGCGCGUCGCCCUCCAGUGCCAGUACGAGCGCAAACACCGCCGCAGCCACGAGUUCGCUACCGAGGACGAUCUAGAGUCGCUCGCCUACUACGAAGAGUCCAUUCCAGACGCAAGCCCUCUCUCCAGUCCCAUCACCAAAUCCCCAGCUCACGCUCCCGCACCUACCGCCGCCGAGCUCUUUCCAAACACCACCGCGGAGAAUAUGGCGAAAAAGGCAGCUGGCAAGGGCAAGGCUCCAGAGCCCAUCGAGGAAGCCACUACUGCACCACCAUCCGCUGCUCAGCCUGAGGUACUAGGCACACUGGCCAGCGCGACCGCCGAACUCCACUUGUUUGAUCAUCCAUCAGCCACAUUCGUGAAGCAAGACGCGAAAGUGCAUGCUACAGUAUCCGAGAUUGGCAACUGGGAGUACUGGUUGCACAUUGUUGGCGAUGACCGGGAGUGGCUAGGCCAGCCUGUGGUGGAAGACAUCAAUCCUGUCUUCAACUUCGAGUACAAGUCGUUCAUAUUUAACCAUUAUCUGGAUGAUGGCUCCGCUUUCUCGUGGCUCCUACGCUUCACUAAUGAGGAGGACCUAGACACUUUCCAACACGGUGUUAUGCAAGCGUUGUGGGAACAUCUGAAUCAAACAAAAUGGGCCAAAGCCAAAGAUACGGACCGGGAGUACGUUAUGGAAGCUUUCCAAGAUCUCACGAUGGAAGACGCCCCCGACGCUGAAGAGGAGGAGGAAGAGGAAGAAGAUGAUUAUGAAGAUGCGUCUGACGGUCAGCGGAGCGAGCACUACGACGAGGAUGAAUCGGAAGAUGACGUUGAGACCGACUUGAAAGAUGGUGACAUCAACUCUCAGCUUGCAGUCGGUUAUAAACACGACAGAUCUUUUGUUGUGCGCGGCAACAAGAUUGGCGUUUUCAAGCAUACUGCGGAUAAUCAGCUACAAUUUGCUACCGCCAUCAGCAGCAUCAAGACUCCCAAGGGCAAAGCAUUCAACCCCAACAAGGUCAUGCUUCAUCAAGAGGAUACAAACAUGAUCUUGCAGAAUAUGGACAACCCGAACUCGCUCUAUAAAAUGGAUUUGGAGACCGGUACAGUUGUAGAUGAGUGGAAGGUCCACGAUGACAUCCCCGUCAAGGUGUUUGCACCAGAAAACAAAUUCGCGCAGAUGAGUGGUGAACAGACUUUCCUUGGUCUGUCUGGUAACGCUCUAUACCGAGUGGAUCCACGUCUUAGUGGAAACAAACUGGUCGAUGAACAGUACAAGCAAUAUGCCACCAAGAACGCAUUUUCGGCUGCUGCCACGACUGAGAAGGGGCAUAUCGCGGUCGCUUCAGAGAAGGGUGAUAUUCGUCUUUAUGACCGCCUAGGUAUCAAUGCAAAGACAUUGAUUCCCGCCCUGGGAGAUCCCAUCAUCGGCAUGGACGUGUCAGCAGACGGUCGCUGGGUACUUGCUACAACUCGCACAUACCUCUUGCUCAUUGAUGCUCUCCAACAAGGAGGCAAGAAUGACGGCAAGCUCGGCUUCGAGAAAGCAUUCGCCAAAGAUGACAAGCCUCGUCCGCGCCGUCUCGCCCUGACGCCAGCUCACGUAGCGCAAUUCCAGCACGAGACCAAGGCACCCAUUUCCUUCACAGCCGCGCGAUUCAACACCGGCCUCGACGACAAGGAGACCACUAUCAUCACCGCCACGGGUCCAUUUAUCGUGACCUGGAGUAUCAAGAAAGUACUUGCCAACCGCCGAGACGCAUAUAGUAUCAAGCGGUACGCGGAGGAAGUCAAAGCCGACAACUUCAAGUUCGGCUCCGACAAGAACUUGAUUGUGGCGCUGCCGAAUGAGGUCGACAUGGUGGCAAAGCGCGCGCUCCAGCGACCAACCCGCGAAAGUAUUGCCACUCCAAGUCGCGUCGGAGCCCGGCGGGCCGGUGCGAGGGGAAGCUAUCUUGGAAGGAACGACAUUGUCGAUAGCCCUUACUGA